CCUGGGGCAGGUUGGCCAGGCUGGGGGAGGCCCCAGGGCAUGUGGCAGUGUGUCACAGGGCCCUUUGUGACAUGGUGGGCGUUGCCAAUGGAUGGCACAGGGCAGGGUGUCACAGGGCCCUUUGUGACACGUGAUGACUUAAUACUGGUGGUGAGGUGGCCACGCCUCAGUGCUCCUCGGAGCGUGUGACGGGACAGACGGGACAGAGCGGUGCUGUGCGGAGCCCCCGUGCAGCCAACUCGUUCCUUACUGAUCCGGAGCUUUUUGGAGUCUUCUUUGUGGUUCAAGCGACCUCGAGGCCAGACUGCGGGACUUGGUGACCCGGAGCUUUCCUGCGGUGUCUCCAAUCCCAGCGGCAGGUGCCAUCGAGGCCAUUCUCUGGGGCUUCGUGCCCCAGAGCUUUUCCCUGGCGUCUCCAAUCCCUGCAGCAGGUGCCCUUGAGGCCCAACUGUAGGAUGGCGGGGAGACGCUUCAGCCUGUGCAGGGUUCUCAGGAGGAAGAAGACCGGAGACCCUGGGACUGCCCCUGCACAACAACCUGAAGAGAUGCAGCAGGUCCAGCCCCUGCAGGAGGAUCCAGGCCGGGUCCAGACAGAAGAGCAGGGCCAUGCCCAUGGCCGCUUCUGCAGGAGAGCACAGGCCUUUCUGAAAUUCUUGGGCAUUCGGCGUAGGAAGACCAGGACAACACCAACCGAGGUCAUGGCACAGCCUGACCCCACGCCGAACGAGCUCAAGGCAAAGCCUGAUGUCGGCACCGUGUCAACUGAUGGCACAGCAACCUGUGACACCGCGGUGACCGAUGAACUGAUGAACACCGACAGCAAACCUGUUCAGCGCCUGGCCGAUGCUCCAAGUCUGGACUUCCUCGAGGAGAGAGUUGUCUCUGCUCAAGUAGCCGUGGAGACAGACAGAGGCAAGGAGCAGAGACCCCCCAGGGUGCCCAAGCUGGCCUGGCUGAAGGAGAGGGAGAUGGAAGGCCCUGGGCCUGCCCCAGCACAGCACCUUGAGGAUGUGGAGCAAUUCCAGCCCCUGCAGGAGGAUCCAGGCCGGGUCCAGACAGAAGAGCAGGACCGUGCCCAUGGCCAAUUCCACAGGGCAGCACAGCCCCUCACGCCGGAUCCGCUGGGCCCUCUCAGCCUUUGA